CAAGCGAAACAGGAAAGAGAAAGCCAUCGAGCAGGUUGGCGAGCCCGCAGCCUGACGUUAAUUGAUCCCGGUGUGUUCAGCCAUCCAGUGUUUUGCAUCGAGUUGUUAGCGUUGGCUAGGGUGCCUAGCUAGCGAAGCAAGUUAGCCAAUGAUUCCUCUACGCUGGGUGCUACGUGACUUCGCUACGCUGCAUCAGCUGCUGGUUUGCUAGUUAGCUGAUUAGCGAGCCGAAUUUCGUUAGCUACCGUAAUGUUAAUAUCCCAUGGUUCAGCAAAUAACCACGGGAGCUCGAUAUCACAAUUUGAUAACUCAAGUUUCCAACUGUUAGUCAAUGUUAUCUCAGUGACGAGCUGACUAAGCGACCCCUGCCGCCAUGUCUGUGGAAAGCCCGAUGGCCCAGAACCCGGGCUGUAAGAUCAUGACCUUCCGGCCCACCAUGGAGGAGUUCCAGGACUUCGCCAAGUACAUCACCUACAUCGAGACCCAGGGCGCCCAUCGAGCCGGCCUGGCAAAGGUGAUCCCGCCAAAGGAGUGGAAACCGCGGCGAUCGUACGACACCAUCGAGGAGAUGGUGAUCCCAGCUCCCAUCAUGCAGGUGGUGACAGGCCAGUCCGGCCUCUUCACCCAGUACAACAUCCAGAAGAAGCCCAUAACUGUGGGGGAGUACCGCAAGCUCGCCAACAGCAAGAAGUACUGCACUCCUCCACACAAAGACUUUGACGACCUGGAAAGGAAGUACUGGAAGAACCUGACCUUCGUGUCGCCCAUAUACGGAGCCGACAUCAGCGGCUCGCUCUACGACCCGGACAUCGGGGAGUGGAACAUCGGCCGGCUCAACACGCUGCUGGACAUGGUGGAGCAGGAGUGCGGCAUCGUGAUCGAGGGAGUCAACACGCCCUACCUCUACUUCGGCAUGUGGAAGACCACCUUCGCCUGGCACACCGAGGACAUGGACCUCUACAGCAUCAACUACCUGCACUUCGGAGAGCCCAAGUCCUGGUAUGCCAUCCCCCCAGAGCAUGGGAAGAGGUUGGAGAGACUGGCCCAAGGGUUCUUCCCCGGCAGCUCCCAGGGCUGUGACGCUUUCCUCCGGCACAAGAUGACCCUGAUCUCCCCCUCCAUACUGAAGAAGUACAGCAUCCCCUUCGACAGGAUCACGCAGGAGGAGGGCGAGUUCAUGAUCACGUUUCCGUACGGCUACCACGCCGGGUUCAACCACGGCUUCAACUGCGCAGAGUCCACCAACUUCGCCACGCUCCGCUGGAUCGACUACGGCAAGAUGGCCACACAGUGCUCCUGCCGUAAGGACAUGGUGAAGAUCUCCAUGGACGUGUUCGUGCGCUGCCUGCAGCCGGACCGCUACGACCUCUGGAAGCAGGGCAAGGACACGACCAUGCUGGACCACCAGAGGCCCACCGUCCUCUCCAGCCCUCAGCUGGAGCUCUGGAGGGAGACCCGCGUCACCUACCGGGACCGGCUGCUGCAGAGAGCCAUGCAGAAGAAGCAGCAGCUGCGGCGGCUGAAGCUGGAGGAGGUGAAGGUGCUGGUGGAGGAGGGCGUGGAGCUGGACCUGGCCGAGUACCAGCAGCAGGUGGAGCAGAAGGAGGCGCAGAGGAGACAGGAGCGCGCCGAGAGGAUGGCCCAGGAGGCGCUCCGGGCCCUGGAGGACAUGGAGAACCAGGAGCGGGAGGUGCAGGGCGAAGAGGCCCCCGAGGGCGCGGGAGAGCAGACGGCGGACGGGGAGAAGAAGAAGAAAAAGAAGAAGAAGAAGAAGAGGCUGGCGGCCUCCCUGCUGGAGGAGGCGCUGCAGGACGGGGCAGACCUCCUCCCCACGCUCUUCAUCCAGCACAAGCCCAAGAAGGGCGCCUCGCCCAAGGGCCACCUCUCCUUCCAGGAGGCCUUCGAGCGCUUCGCCACCAACUCGGCCCUCCCCGCGCCCAAACCCGAGGUCAGCGUGGCGGACCAGGAGAGCAGCGACACCGAGCUGCCGGCAGAGGGCGCCACUGAGAAGAGAGGAAUUCAGGCGAACUCCCCCUACUCCCCGCUGAAGAAGAGGGUGGAGGUGAAGAAGAGCAGGCGUCACCCCAUUAGCCGGCCGCCCAUGCGCUCCCCCCUCUCCAUCGUCAAGCAGGAGGCGUCCAGCGACGAAGCAGAGGGCGAUAUGGAGGACGAGGUGAAGCAGACGGCCGAGUGCCACCUGUGGCAGAACCGCUCGCCCAACUUCCUGGCGGAGCGGCGCUUCAACGCUGCGGUCGCACCCAUGGAGCCGUACUGCGCCAUCUGCACCCUGUUCUCCCCCUACACACAGCCCCAGAGAGACCCCUCCCUCCCGGCGGACGCCCCCCUCAGUCCUGUGUCCCGCUGCGGCAGUCGCACCCGCCCCCUCGUCCCGGAGAUGUGCUUCAGCUCGGGGGCGGAGAACACCGAGCCCCCGCCCUCCAACUCCCACAUUGGGGACGACGGCACCAGCGUGCUCCUCGCCUGUCCCAGCUGCAGCCUGCAGGUCCACGCCAGUUGCUACGGCGUCAGGCCUGACCGGCUCAACGAGAAGUGGACGUGUUCGAGGUGUACUGCGGGGGCCUGGACUGUGGACUGCUGUUUGUGCAAUUUAAGAGGAGGGGCGCUCAAGAUGACCACAGACGGAAGGUGGGUGCACGUAAUCUGCGCCAUCGCCGUCCCGGAGGCCCGCUUCAUCAACGCCAUCGAGCGGGAGCCGGUGGACGUCAGCGCCAUUCCCGAAAACAGGAAGAGCCUGAAGUGCGUUUACUGCCACAAGAACACGAAGGAGAUCCGCGGGGCCUGCAUCCAGUGCUCCUUUGAGAACUGCUCCACCUCCUUCCACGUCACCUGCGCGCACAUCGCCGGGGUGCUCAUGAAGCCCGCCGAUUGGCCGUACGUGGUGUCCGUCACCUGCCUCAAGCACAAGACGACCAAUCUCAGAGUGUCGCGGCCGGGGUCACGGGAGCUAUCGAUCGGCCAGCGCGUGAUUGGCCGGAACCGCGACGGCUGGCACUACCGCUGCACCCUCAUCGGCAUGGCGACGCAGACCUUCUACGAGGUCAACUUCGACGACGGCUCCUACUGCGACAACCUCUAUCCCGAGAACGUGAUGAGUCAGGACUGCCUGCGUCUGGGCCCUCCGGAGGCUGGUGAGGUCAUCCUGGUGUACUCGCAGGAAGGCAAAGUGGUGAACGCCUCCUUCGUCAGGGAACACAUCCACAAGCACUUCCAGGUGGAGUUUGAGGAUAAGUCGCAGAUGACUCUGAAACGCACAGAGAUCCACACACUGGAACAGGAGCUGCCCAAGAGGGUGAAGUCUCGCCUGUCUCUGACGUCUGCGGGCCUACAGGACGGGGCUCCCUCCGGCGACGAGCCCCAGGCCCCCAAACGCCCCCGCCUGCCCACACCGCCCCCGCCUCCGCUGGACCCCCCAUCGGCGCCCGCCGGCCCCCUCCCGCCCCAGGGUCCCGCCUCGGCCUCCACGCCCCGGAGCGCGCCUCAUUCCGUCCACGCCGGAGGCCUCCACGAGCCUUCUCUUACCCCCACCACUCCUCCCAUGGAGCCCUGCCACCCUCCCGCCCCCGGCAACGGCCCCUUCCCCAUCCGCGGCCACAGCGGCCCCCUGCACCCCUCCCUCGCCCUGUACCACGACGCCGACGGCCCCCCCGGGGCCCCCAGGGACCCCGCCGAGGCCUACACCCCCAGCACCAGCUACGUCUCCUUCAUGGAGUCUCUGCUCCAGGCCCACUACCCCCAGGAAGGGGGGGCGGGCCCCGCGUAUUAAGAGACCGGCCAGUGUUCUCAGCCUUUUCCCCUUUGACGGACAGCAGCUCCUCUGCCUCUGGAAACUGGUGCUCGUUUCAGAAAAAAUGAAGAAGAAGAAGACGAAAAAAAAGAGCUUGUCCGGCAGGGUUGCAUGUUCAUAGGUUUUGUUUAUUGUCAUUAUUCUAACUUUUAUUUUGAAAUUUUGUGACCCCCGUCGCUCGGUCACCGGAAUGGCGGUGGAAGUGGUGGGAAGGGAAGAGCUCCGUCUCGCCCGAGUCUAACCUGCAUGUCUAUACCUGUCCUGAACUGUCCACAUGGGGGUCUCCAAGCACCAACUUCAUAUCUCUCUCUCUCUCUCUCUCUCUCUCUCUCUUCCUCUCUCUCUCAUCUCUCCAUUUCACUAACAGAAAGCAGAACAGAUUUAUCUUUUGUUAAUUUAAUCAGCUAUAACUAUUUUUCUAAAACAAGCCAAAACCGACAGCAUUAAAACCAGGUGGACAAUUCAUACGUUUGUGUACAGUUUCAAAAAAUAAAAUGUUCUUUUAUGUGUGGGACACCAUGGACUUUGGGUGGGUGGGGGUUUAGGGUCAAAACAAGUAUUUAAAUAUGUUACUUCCUUAUGCAUUAAAUAUUUGUACAAAGAAAAAAAAUGCAGUUAAUGCAGAAGGGGUUGUAUACUUUACUGUAGCGUUGUCAGUAGGAGCAUUCAGUUGUGUGAACAUACUGUGUUAAAUAUGUAGUUAUGGGUGUUUUCACGUUUUACUUGUAUUAACUAUAUACAUUAGCAAGUUAUUAACAUGUUUUCCUCUCCAGAGUUGAAUCUGGCACUGUAUUGUAGCACUCUUUGUAAAAGUAGAAAUUUGAUGUUAUAUCCUAUUCACUUUCAUCUGUCAAAUUUUUUUUUUUCAAAGAUAUUUUGUGAAGCUCUGUAAAAUUUCACAAAGUACGAGAGAACCCUGGUUUAGAAAUAGAUGGGACAUUUAUAUAGAAACUUUUGACACAAGUAUUCGCGUUAUACUGCAAAAAAUUUUAAUGACAAUAUAAAUUACGUUCAAAUGAGCCGUCUUUGCAAGGUGCUACCAAGACCCUUGACUACUGAGAAAGCGUAUCCCGUAACUUAGCUGUACAUAGUUGGCUGCCAUUUUGUCGAUGGCAUACUAGCCUUGCUACUUAAUUUUUCUGUGGUAUGCUGUAAUAACCAAGAAAGAUGGCAUUCCUGUGUCAGCACCAGCAAUAUAGAUAUGUAUAACAUAAGAAUGCAAUUGAGGCAGAAUGUUUGCAAGUGUCACGUUUAUUUUAUUUUUGGCCAAUCCACGUAGAGCACUUCUUUUUCUCCUCAGCUUGUGCCCUUGCAAACCUGGCUCAGAGCCCUCCCUCUCACCCAACACCCCCCUUCUGUAAAACACCCCCACCCCCCCACCCCCCAUCUCACUGGGUUUGACUUUGCCAUAAUAGGGCGAUUGAACUCGACGGGGGGGGGGGGCGUAAAUAUCGCCGUUACUGCCUGCCUUCCCAGCAGGGCCUCAGACAUAUCGCACGCUGCGCGAGAGGAAGCCAUUUUGAGAGGAAUGUAUUACCCUUCUCAAAAUGGCCGCCGUGGAAGGGGAGGGGCUGGGAGAGACGACGACGGUCGGCUCCCGCUGAACCUUUUUCCUUAGCUACGGAAGGUUCCGGCAGGUAGCGGGAGCCCGUGGCGUCUCGGAGGGUCAGAAUACAGAUCAGAGUUCCUGGUGGGUCUGUGGGGUUCUGCGGCCACCGGCGUAAGCGCUUAAAGUUUAAAUGGUGCCGAUGAGUAUGCGACUGUGUGCGUUUAAAAAAAGAAAAAAACGAAAAGAAGUUAACCUGUGGUUGCAGCUCUCUCAAGGAAAGGGGGGUAGGGGGGUGGGGGGGGGCGGUGUGUAGCUGGAGGCGAUAUAAUUUCAGAUUAUGUUUUCUGUUUUUGUGAUACUAUGUGUCUGGUGUCUAGCCACUGAAUAAUGACAGUCGGUUGCAAGGAGGUAGAAAAUAUCACCCAGAUAAAAUGGUGUCAAAGCCAGGAAGAAUUCCUAAUCAUUUCAUAGGACUUAGUAAUUAUUUAUCACGUUCAUGCAACUGCUUCACUUUUCCUUCCCCGACGGAUUAAGACUCUAGAUACCGAAGCAGUUGUUUCUAUUUUUCAAAUUCAUGGUUUGAAACUCUUUUCCGUGCUUUAGGGGUCUUUCUACUGUGUUGACGGGGAAGUUUGAAGCUGGCUGUUUACUAGAGAUAUUUUUUAUUUUGUCUGGGAUUCUUACUGAUUUGCAAUAACUUUUGUAAACCACAGAAACGACUAGCCAACCACGGAAACGACACCAUUACGAUGUUUAUAAAUGUUACUCGAUGCGGAAUAAAGUACAAACUGCUAUUGAAAUGUGAAGCCGGGCCUUGGAGUUAUGUUUUAUGAUUAUUAUUAUUUUUUGUCAUAAUCUGUCGGACACAUGGGCUUAUGAAAAUAAAUCAGUGUCAGCACAAUA